GCAUGAUAAACCAGCUAGCUGCUAACCGGCCGGAAUUGAACGCAAUGGCCGGAUCCCUCCUGCUAGCAGUCGUGGUAUCCUUCGGCCUAAUCCUCAUCUGCAUGUACGCCUUCCAGCUGAUCACCGACGCUCGCCGCCGUCUCCCUCCUGGCCCCUUGCCACUGCCGCUCGUCGGCAACCUCCACCAGAUAGAACGGGGCAGCCCUCACCGUUCGCUGGCUCGCCUCGCCAAGCGCUACGGCUCUCUGAUGUCCGUACGGCUCGGUGUCGUCCACGCCGUCAUCGUCUCCUCGACGGACGCCGCUCGCGAGAUCCUCCAGAAGCACAACGCCGACCUGGCGGACCGCCCCAUCAUCGACGCCUGGCUCGCCAACGGGCACCGCGCCAACUCCAUCAUCGCCAUGCCGCCGCACGCCAAGUGGCGCGCCCUGCGGAAGCUCUGCACGACAGAGCUGUUCACGCCGAGCCGGCUGAACGCGCUGCAGCCGCUGCGGCAGCAAAAGGUGCAAGAGCUGGUGCGCUACGUCUCCGACCAGGCGGCGCUCGGGGCGCCCUUCACCAUCCGCGAUCCGGUGUUCACGGCGACCAUGAACAUCCUGUCGCGCAUGUUGUUCUCCAUCGAUCUCGACUCAGGACCAGCAGUUCGUGGACUCAAGGAUAUGGUGAAAGAGGCGGCAAUUUUGGCCGCAACGCCUAACGUCUCCGACUUCUUCCCGGCGAUCGCAUAUGCCGACCUCCAGGGUCUAAGGCGCAGGAUGGAACCGAUAAUCACAGACGCCCAGAAAAUUUUGGACGAUCUGUUUGCGCAGAGGCUGCGCGGCCGGGAAGCUUCGGAGCCACCCAAGAAUGACAUGCUAGACGCGUUGCUUGACAAGGAGCAUGAAUGGCAGCUAGAAGGAUCUGACAUCAAUCGCACUGCCAUCAGAGGAAUGUUGACGGACUUGUUUGUUGCGGGAUCAGACACGAGCGCAACUACGAUUGAGUGGGCAAUGGCCGCUUUGCUACAAAACCCUGAGGUGAUGAAGAAGGUAAAGGGGGAGCUCAUGGGAGUUCUUGGCACCAAAACACAAGUCGAGGAGUCUGAUAUUGGCCAACUUCCAUAUCUUCAAGCUGUGGUAAAAGAAGUACUUCGAUUUUAUCCUACUAUAGCGACGUCAUUUUAUCGAGCAGAGUCCACGGUACAAGUACAAGGCUACACCAUUCCUGAAGGAACCACCAUAAUACUGAACAUAUGGGCAGUUCAUCGAAACGCUGACGUAUGGACUGAUCCGGAUAAAUUUAUGCCUGAAAGGUUCAUUGAAAGAGACUGUGAUUUUUCGGGAAAGGACUAUAAGCUAAUUCCAUUUGGUGGUGGACGCCGCAUUUGCCUCGGAUUGCCGCUAGCAUAUAGAACGGUCCAUUUGAUUCUCGCAUCACUACUGCAUCAAUUCGAUUGGAUAGUUCCUGAAGACGCCAAGGAAAAUGGUAUUGACAUGACAGAAAAAUUUGGACUUGUGGUUACUAUGGCUACUCCACUGAAAGCCAUCGCGAAGAAAGUGUGACAUGUAAAUGUGCCUUUUGUAAAAACCAAGCUGGAUCACCAUGAGUGUGUAGUACAACAGAAGAAAAUUAUGUACAGAGUGGAGUUGCUAUGUUGUAAAACUUUGAAAUGUGUGACAUAAAAAUACUAAUAAAACUAUGAUGGCAGUGGUAGUGAUGCUUCACCAUUGACAAAUA